AUGACAGACGAGGCUUAUAAUCAUUACCCUCACGUCGACACACAACACCAAUAUUAUCACCAACAUCAACAACACUAUAACGAUAACAACAACAAUAAUAACAAUACCAAUACUCAUAAUCAACAACAUACACAAGACGACGAACAAAGAAGAAUUAGAAGAAUGAGAGGCAAGCGUCUUUGUAGACUUAUUGUCAUCCCAAUCUUUUUGAUUGUAAUAUUCUGUGCAUUGACUAGAAGCAGUGGCACCCAGAGCAGAGGCGGCGCAUCACACAGCAAUGCCAUACUCGUUUCAGAUAUCAAGGCAUUGACUUUGAAUGCAGAUCGUUGGACUAAAUCAUCCCGUGUAUCGUCCAUCCCACAACUCGAAUGCAUUGGUGGCAGCGCCAGCCAUCUAUACAACUUGCGUCCCAAGGUCGUACAAUGCACCAACAAAGGAUCGGAUGGUUCCGAUGUACAAUGGGAGUGCAAGGCAUCCCUCGACUCUACAGUGCGAUUCGGCAAGCUCGAUGUCUCAUGUGAAGGAUUUGGCUAUGCAGGCGACCCUUACGUAUUGAAGGGCUCAUGUGGAUUGCGUUAUGAACUCGAGUACACUAGCCCAGAGAGCAGGAAUCAACACUAUCAGAAUGAAUCAUCAUCGUCAUCUGGCUCGACUAUAAUCGUCUGGAUACUCAUUAUUGGAUUCGUCAUGUUCAUCUUCUGGCCAUCAAACAACAACACACAUGGUGGAGCGCAUCGUGGCGCAUCAGGACCUCAUGGACCAGGCUAUCCACCCGGCGCCGGCCCAUAUGGUGGCCCAGGUGGUUACUAUCCCGGCUCGGCACCGGGCACCUACCCAGCACCUGGAGUGUACCCUGGCGACCCAUACUAUGGACCACAAUGCCAACCUGGAGGCUGGAGACCUGGCUUCUGGUCUGGCGCCGGUCUGGGCUAUCUAUUCGGACGUCAAAACAGGAACCACUACAACUAUGGCCAUCACUAUCAACCAUCUUACGGUGGAGGAGGAUGGAACUCUGGCGGCUCAUCAUAUCGAUCAUCAUCGUCCUCAGGCAGUGGCGUGUCCACUUCCUCAACUGGCUAUGCCAGUACCUCAUCAAGA